GAAACGUUGCACACAUAGCCUGCUGCUUAAUUAGCGAAUAUAAUCGGAUCUAAAACAGUGUUUAAAUUAGCCCACAAUCCUCCACGGAAUUUCACAAAAAGCUUUAUGUGGGCUCAAGUGGGUUUGUUCCAAAACCCCAAAACCGAAGAGAGAUUAGAUUCCUUGCUCCCUAUUCAGACACAUGCAGUAUUUUGAGCAAUAGAUUUUUGGGAUGCAGUCGGAUAUCCUGUCUGGGUUUUUUCACCCCACAUCGUUUUGCAUACCUAGGCGAAAUAUAGAAACGUUUCACCAAACGCCCCCGUGGCUUGCCAUUUAAUUAGUUCCCCGGGGUGCGGAUCAGUUUGGCACCGUGUCUGCGUGCAAGCGAAACCGGCUGUUUGUUUUUUUUUGCUCCCGGAGCCCUGGCCGCGUCCUCGCGCGACUUCACUUCUGCACCGGCGGCGCGGGAGGAAAUCGAGCCCGCAGUCCAGCUGCUGCAGCUGGGCUAAAUUGUACCGCACGACUCCGACAGGCGACAAUCUAAGCGCUGCAGAAGUCGACAAGUAGAGUGUAAUGUUUUGGUCGAGGUGUGAGUCGCUGUGGGAAUGAGACUGCGUGGCAGGGAUUUGGAGGAUUCCACUGUCUCCUGGAUACCGAGCGUCCUGGGUGUGCAGAGCGUCAGGCUCCGCCUUCGCCUUGAUCGCCGUGACGACAGGGGGAGGGGCCUUUGGCAGCUGGUUGACCUGGGAGAGGAAGUGCAGAGUGGGCAUCGGAUACGAGAUAGGACUCCUCCUACUUGUUCUCAAAGUCUGAUGAGCAUUCCUGCUGCUGCAUCAGUUCAGUCAGGGGGUGGAGAGAUGCAAUCACCUGGGGCAAUUAGCCCCUCCUUCCUCCCGCCCCCAAGUGGAAAAGUUCCAGGUCGCAAGAGGGGUCGCCCACCCCUGAAGAGGCACCCGGAAUAUCAGAGUCGCUACCCAGAAUCCUUCCCGCCCAUUAAAGUGCCUAAGAAGAGAGGGAGGAAGCCUGGCUUUAAGCUGAAGUCUCGCUUGAUGACACCCCUGGCCAUCUCUCCUCCCAGUAGCACCCCGGAGCCAGACAUGAGCUCAAUCCCCCAGGACGCUGCUACUGUGCCCCACUCAGCCACCCCACAGGUCCUCACAGUGUGUAUCUAUGUGAAUAAGCAUGUGAACACGGGUCCUAACCUGGACAGGCAGAAGGUGCUGCAGCUGCCCGAUCACCUGGGUCCUGCCAGGCCCUCUGUGGUGCUGCAGCAGGCGGUACAGGGCUGCAUUGACAGCGCGUUUCAGCAGAAAGCUGUCUUCACCCUUCUUACCGAGGGCUACGGGGGUGAAAAGAUCUCAGCAACCUUUGACGGUAAGCAGCAUUUGUUGAGUUUGCCAGUGGUCAACAGUGUGGGUUACGUCCUCCGCUUCCUCAAGAAGUUGUGCCGAAGCCUGUUGUGUGAGAAGCUCUUCAGUGACCAGCCCAUUGCCCCUUCAUCGUCUCCCUCCUCUUCUUCCUCAUUCCACACUGAAAAGCACUCAGACGGACAACUCAAGUCAACAGAUUCAAUGGUGGAUGAUUACCACGGUGAUUCAAUGAACCCUAAGCGGUAUUCUGCGGACCUCAGCGACUCUGCCUAUGGUGCGAUUUCCUCACCGUACGCUGCGAGUAAACCUGCUUACGGUUUUCGAUCUGGUACCUCCUACUCCGGAGGUGUGUGCAGGCAGGCAGCCAGUCCCAGCACUUUCACGGAAGUAAACAGAAGUGCCUACAGUCCAUCCCCAGAAGGAGGGGAGGCAAAGCCCCCAUCCAGUAAGGAUCCCUCCAGGUGGAGUGUGGAUGAGGUGGUGUGGUUUAUCAAGGAUGCAGACCCUCAAGCGCUGGGCCCGCACGUGGAUCUCUUCAGAAAACAUGAGAUUGAUGGGGAUGCUCUUCUUCUCUUGAAGAGUGACAUGAUCAUGAAGUACCUGGGACUUAAACUGGGCCCGGCUCUCAAGCUCUGCUAUCACAUUGACAAGCUAAAACAGAAUAAGUUCUGACCUGUCCCUGAACCCUACAAACACACACAGAUGGAUUCACUCACAGUAUUUACUGUGACUCUCAUUUGUUGUAGUACAGGACGUUUUUGUCCCCUCUUAUCUGGUCAUUCAAGGACAAGCACCAGACAAUUUUUUUUUUACUCGUUUGGUUUGUCUGCCUGUAUAUUGGGACAUUUCACCGACCAGAACAUUUCCUUGUUCUCAUUUUAAGUGUUUUAUUUAUUACUUGAUACCUGAACACUGCUCGAAUCAAAUGGCAAGUCAUCUCCGCUUCCUUCUGGGAUUUGAGUUAUUUUUCCUCAAGCCAGAGUUAUGCAGAUGAGUUAAAAGUGUACACCAUGCUUCUUCAAAUGGACGGAGUAGCAAAGGUAUUAGGCCACAGACAAACUCGCUCCCAUUUUAACAGAGCCAUGGACGUGGACUGCGUAAAAUCCCUGUGAACUUCAGCCACCUGCUGGUGAAGUGGAGUCACUGCAACUCUGUGACAUUUAAUGCUAUUCUAGCCGAGAACCAUUCAGUUUUUUUUUUUAGCUGCUUCAGAGGCUGCUAAUCUGGGAGAUCAGUAACAAACACAAUUUAGAAUUGUGCUCUUAACUGAACAAAUACAGUACGCACACAGUUUUGGUAGGAUACAACUAGGAACAGUUACACUUUGAAACCAGCAAAUAACAGGCACAAAUGUAACCUUACUCGUCAAUGGACCAGUCACAUCAUCUUUGGGAAGCCUCCUUGGCAGUGUAAGUCAAAACUAAACAGGACACACUACAAGGCAAUUACUGUUACUGUAAAAAUAGUGCAUUACAAACAUAGUAAUGUGUACCAGGUGCUGUUUCUCAACCAGCAAGUCAAGUUUAACGAAACAAUUAUAAUAGUACAGUACUUUAUAUUUCAUACUGUGGACCAAAUACACUGAUAGGUCUCGUAAGUCCCAACAUUUCUUGUUUUCCCUCUUUUUGGAGCAGAGGCCUCAUAUUGAAAAGCUGCUCUGAUACAACACAAAAGUAAACUUGUGAUUUUCUUAAGAAAUAUGUACUGCUUUACAAUGAUGUUCAAUUCAUUCAGUACAUUGGUAUCGUGAACUAACAAUGAACUAUACUUUUACAGCAUUUAGGUUUACCAUAAUUUGAACAUUUACUACUGUUCAAAUUUUGGGGUCAGUAAGAAAUAAAUGAAUUUUUUUUUUUUUUUUAAACCAAGGAUGCACUUAAUUAAUCGAAAACUGACUGUAAAGACAUGAUUUCUACAAAAAUAAUAAGUAGUACAAAUAGUGAAAAUAACAAGAAAUGUUUCUAAAGCACCAAAUCAGCAUUUUAGAAUGAAUUCUGAAGAAUUAAGUGACAGAGGACUGGAGUAAUAACUGCUGAAAAUUAAUAAUGUGUCAUGAACAAAUAUGAAUUAAUUUAUAAAUUACCAUUAACAUUAAUAAAUGAUGUAAAAAUGUUGGUCAUUGUUAGUUCACAUACCUAAUGCAUUAACAAAUGUGACAAAAUUGAUCUUUAUUGCAGUGUUGCAACAAAAUGUGUACAACAUGUUUGAACCCAUUUUUUAAGUUCUGUAAUAUUUUGACUGUGAGUUCGAAUUUUCUCUCUACGUACAGUAGAUAUGUGAAUAGAAAUGUGUGAAUGAGUUAUUUAAGGCAUUUCAGGAAAUUAAUAUUAUUUUUAUAUUAUUUUUUUUUUUUUUAUUUUUUUUUUUUUGUUGCAAAAAUGGCAUUUAGAAUCACUGUAUUGUUUUUAGAAAGGGGGAACUUGAAUGGAUUGUUUAUGCAAAAAUGAUUAUGUUGUCAUAAUUUAUUCAACCUCAUGUUGUUCUAAACUUGUAUGCCUUAAAGUGAAAUUCAGUUCUGUUCCACAGGAAAAAUAAAGUCGUACAAGGUUAAAAAUGACGUGAGGGUGAAGAAAUGGUGAUAGAAAUGACAUUUUUAGAUGAGCUAUCCCUUUAAGUUUGCUCUAAAGAUGUCAUCCCAAACUGGAUUAGAAAACCCUGGAUAUGAUCAUAUGAGUUUAUGUAGUAAUCACAGAUUAAAUCUACCAUUUCUUAAGUUAAAGAGCAAAUCAAUCAAGUACAGUUUAUAUCCAAUCAUCCGAUGAACACAUCCAGCUUUAACACGAAAACAGCUACCAGCUUUGCUGCGCUAGACUUCAUUGUUGUACAGUCUGCCUCUAAAAGCGACUGCUGUGCUAACCUAAGCAUCUGUACAGAGUUAUUGUUUCUAAUUUUGCAACAGGGAGGCUUUUAAAUGGUCCUUUUUUUCCCUUUUUAAUGUAGCAUCAAUUGACCUGGGUAAUAUGAUCUCUCAAUGAAAAAUGCACAUGUGGAGAAUCAUCAAAAGUGUAGGCACCAGAAGGUAAUCAAGGGAAUUAAUCAGUGAGCUCUUAAAUCUAGUGCCACAUUAAGAGGUUAGGGUUCUUCAUGAGUAAAUUUACUGAUUUGAAAAGUAGAGUAUUCUUUUUUUUUUUUUUGUUGCAUAAACCGUCUCUUUUGAUUGGUUGGAAAAAGUUGAAGGAAUAAACAAUAUAUUUUGGGCUUUAAUCAUGCGAUUUUAUUUUUUAAACCAAGACCCAAGAUAGAAAUAAUUACCUAUGUGUGAUGUUAAGACUUUCGUAUUAGCUUUAAAAGCAUUUAUUUAUUUUUAUUUUUUAUUUCCACUCAUGUACUCAAACUGUGGGAAUAUCUUGUUAGUUUUAAAAGCCCUUUAACUGAGUAAGGAUCUUUUAAAUAUGUUUGCAAGCACUCCUUUCUAUGGCUGCUGCACUUAACUACAUCCUACUUCAUGUAGGAAGCCAUGACACUUUCAUAACAAUCUUUUAAUAACGUUUUGGACCGUUCAUGACCUCAUGCAGAUAUUCUGCUGAUAUUGAUUAGCCCUGAUGUUUCUGGCUUGAUAUUACCAAGGUUUGUGUCAGGAAUAUGAGUGGGCUUUUAGGGAUAAUCUUUUAUUCAGUUCAGCUCUGUAUCAUUUUGUGUGUGUGCAUAUGUCAGGUUUGCGUUUGCCUCCGCACCAUGUCAUUCCUUGUCACUUUUUAUAUAUAAUGGAAAAUGUAAGUGUACAUUUAUGAAUGCUGCUCUUGAUGAUAGUCCCAUAUAAGAUUUGUCAACUCACAAAAGAGUUUUAAUGGAAAAGGUGGGACUACAACACGGACCAUUCAUGUUGGUGCUAUAAUAUGACUGUGUAUUUAACUAAUAAUGAUUUUAUGCAUAUGAUUUUAUGAUUAGUUUGCUUUAUUUCUUCAGAUAGACUUCAAUGUUGUGAACUCUCGUGACUGACAUCAGGCUCUGCACUGCGUGUCUGUUUUUGAGGUUAAUAUAGAGCAUUAUGAAAGAGUCAGAAUAAAGCAUUAUGAACACCCUGAA